AUGAUAUCGAAAGAAUCCCCGAUCCUCGUGGUGGGAGGUGCAGGGACGAUGGGUUCGUCGACUGCUCUCCAUCUAGCUAGGAGAGGGUAUACGGAUGUGAGGGUGUUGGACAUGUUCCAGCCCCCUUCUGCUAACUCUGCAGGAAAUGAUAUGAACAAGAUGAUCAGUACUCAGUAUGUUGAAGGGAUAUGGGGGAGAUUAGCUUUCGAGACUUGGGAUGCAUGGAACAAUGAUCGUUUAUUUACACCUUUCUUACAUCCAGUUGGCAGAUUGGAUUUAGCCCAUAACGAUGAAGGUCGUUUGGAACGGUUGAAAAAGCAGUACGAUCUAAAUCACUCAACUGGCAGAAGAGACAACGUAGAAUGGCUGAGAAGUAAGGAAGAUAUACUCAAGAAAGCUUCGUACAUGAAUCAGGGAGAUGUCGAGGGGUGGGAAGGCUUGUAUAUCAGAGACGCAGGAUGGGUAGCAGCUCGAGAUGCUUUGACAGCGGUCGGAGCAGAGUUGAGAAAGCUGGGAGUGAAAAGUGCUUUCGGAACGUCGGGUACUUUCAAAUCUUUGAUUCUAGGUGAAGAUGGACAAACAUGUCUGGGUGUCAGGACUGUAGAUGGGACAGAGUGGCCUGCGGAUCUGGUGAUACUGGCUACGGGGGCUUGGUCGCCUACUUUAUUGGAUCUAGAAGAUCAAUGUGUAUCCAAGUGCUGGCAAUUUGGGCAUAUCCAAAUGACACCCGAAGAGGUCAAGCAGCUUCAGAAUACCCCCACGAUGUACAGUAGUGAGCUGGGCUUUUUCAUGGAACCAUCACCAGAGGGAAUAAUGAAGUUCGUCAAUGAAUUCGAAGGUUACACCCGUUUGGCAUCAUGUCGACCAUUUGGAUCAGAUAAGGAUAUCACCAUGUCUGUUCCCAGAUCUCACGCUCUGAACCCUACGGAUACCAUACCAGAAGAAGGUGAACAGGCCAUCAGAAAAGUAAUCAAAACUUGUUUCCCCCAAUUUGCAGAUAGACCUUUGUUCGAUAAAGCUAUAUGCUGGUGUACAGACUCGUACGAUGGAAAUUGGUUAUUGACUGAAGAUCCCAGGUACAAGGGACUGGUAUUGGCUACGGGAGAUUGCGGUCAUACGUUCAAGAUGUUACCUAUUGUAGGAAGAUAUGUAGUAGAUCUCAUAGAGGGUAAACUCUCAGACGAAGAUAGACUGAGGUGGAGAUGGAGACCUGAGGGAAAGAAAGCUGGUGAUAUAGGACGAGAGGGACCUAAGCCGGACGAUCUAGCUGAUAAGCCAGGCUGGUGUCAUGACGAAGAGAAGGGGGAUAGUACCAUUGCAGCUUUGGCUAGUAGAAUGACUGAAGCUAAGCUGUAG